AUGGCGUUCAAAUUCUUCGCAGUAUGCACGUUGUUCGCGGUGGUAAACGCUGGACUAAAGCAACCGAUCACCCCCAUUUACCAUGCAGCACCGAUCAACUUCGCUGAACCUGCCUUGUUUAAGCCUCACCACCAGCCACAGCUGUACGCACAGCCUAGCUUGGUGGCACCGCAGCCCACCCUCGUCAAGUCAUACUCGCAGCCUGCCCUCGUGAAGAGCUACGUCCAGCCGACGACGGUAGUGAAAAGUUACUUACAGCCGUCCAUCGUGAAGAGCUAUGCGCAGCCGGCGGCCUAUGUGAAGCAGAUUGAGGAGUACGCCCCGGCUAACUACGAAUUCUCCUACUCCGUUCACGAUUCGCACACCGGCGAUGUCAAGAGCCAGCACGAGACGCGCCAUGGAGACCAAGUGCAGGGUCAGUACUCGCUGCUGGACUCCGAUGGCCACCACCGCAUCGUCGACUAUACCGCCGACGAUCACAACGGAUUCAACGCGGUUGUCCGUCGCGAACCCGCCAACGUGAAAGUGCUUCAGCCUGUGCAAAAGGUUAUUGCACAGCCGGCGUACGCUGGACACUACUGA